AUGAAGGAAAAGGGAUUGGAAAGGUGCAAGAAAAUUAUUACAUGGUUCAAGAAAAAGUCCUCCAUUGUAACGAUCGUUUCAGAUGAAAAGAUCUUCACUGUCAAUGCUGUUCUGAGCCGCAGAAAUGACAGAUUUAUCGCAAAACCAACUGCUGAGGUUAAGGGGACAUUCAAAAUAAAACAUCCUGCUCAAGUUAUGGCUAUUGGUGUUGUGGCUUCCGAUGGAAAGAAAAUACCUAUAAAAUUCUACAAAGCUGAUGAAAAGAUCAAUGUUAAUACUUACUACAAGACUCUGAGAUACCAGGUAUUGCCAUGGCUUAAAGCAAAUUACCCAGAUGGUAAUUAUGUAUGGACACAGGAUGGUGCUCCAGCCCACACAGCUAGAAAUAUACAAGAUUUCUGCAAAUCCAACUUUAGCAAUUUUUUGGAAUCAUGUUUAUGGCCGCCUUUUAGCCCAGAUCUAAACCCUCUGGAUUAUGCUAUUUGGGGCGUUUUAGAACAUGCUAUCAAUAGAACAUCACACAGCAAUGUCGACUCUCUUAAAGAUACUAUUAAAGAAGAAUGGGAGAAGUUGUCUCCUGAAUAUUUGAGGAACACUUGCACAAGUUUCAGGAAGCGUGUGAAGGCAGUUAUUGAGCAAGAAGGAGGACACAGAGAAUAA